CAGAACAGGAAAAAUGUGCUGCCAGAUGAGUGUUGGCAGCCAGGGAGCCUGGCACAGCACGGCACGACUGGUGCUGACCCCGGAGCCUACUCCCGUUGGGGGGGUCCUGGCUCCGUGGGUGCUUUAUCCCAGCAGGUGUGUGAGCAUCAAGGCACAGGGAGGUGGGCGGAGGGGCCUUGAGAUAAGGCAGCAGACACAACACCCAUGGCAGGGGGCGGGGGAACCCCCCUCCCAGCCCUCUUAAGCAGCGCAGCCCCUGGGCCGCCACAGCCCGACCAUGGCGAGAACCACGGUGCUGAUCACCGGCUGCUCCUCGGGCAUCGGCCUGGGCCUGGCCGCGCGCCUGGCGGCCGACAGCGCAGGCAGGUUCAAAGGUAAAGGGGGUCUGGCACCCUGGGGGUCUCCAGCCAGUGCCUGGGGUGGGCUGGGGCCCGGCUGAGCAGCUUGGUGUCUCCACUGCCGUGUUCUGUCCCCAGUGUUUGCCACCAUGCGUGACCUGGCCAAGGGUGAGCGGCUGCUGCAGCAGCUGGGGGGCUGCUGCCCCGACACACUGGAGGUCCUGCAGCUCGAUGUCACAGACCCCUGCUCGCUGGCAGCCGUCGCACAGCAGGUGCAGCAGCAGCAGCUGGAUGUGCUGGUCUGCAAUGCGGGGGUGGGACUGAUGGGACCCCUGGAGAUCUGCUCUGACCAGGCCAUGAAAACUGUCUUUGACGUGAACCUCUUUGGGGUCAUCCGCACCAUCCAGGCGUUCCUGCCCGGCAUGAAGCGCCACAGGGCCGGGCGGAUCCUCGUCUCCAGCAGCAUUGGGGGGCUGCAAGGGCUGCCCUUCAACUCUGUGUACUGCGCCAGCAAGUUUGCGGUGGAGGGGCUGUGUGAGAGCCUGGCCAUCGUCCUGCGGCCCUUCAACAUCCACCUGACGCUGGUGGAGUGUGGACCCGUCAACACCAGCUUCAUGGACAACCUGCAGCACCCGCACCCCGAGAGCUGCGAGCUGCAGGGCCUGGACGCCGAGACACGGGGCCUCUACCGCCGGUACCUGCGGCACUGCCAGAGCCUCCUCCGCGAUUCGGCACAGGAGGUGGAGGAGGUCCUGCAGGUGUUCCUGGAGGCCAUGGGCACCCCCUGCCCACCCCUGCGCUGUGUGACCACCCAGCUCCUGGCCCCGCUCCGCCGCCUGAGGUUGGCCAGCCCCGACGGCCGCACCUUCCUCCGGGCCAUGCACGACUUCGUGUUCGGCGGCGGCGAGGCCGGCGGGGACCGGCCCUGAGCCCGGGGGGACCAGGCUGCGAACCCCCCGCCCUGCCACGUCCGUCCCGGCCAGCGGGCUCGGUCCCCCCGUGUCGCCAAUAAAGCUCUUUGCAGCCGCGCGGC